UUACCCAAUCCUCGGGUGUCAUUGAGAAACAUGGCCGCGUCCACGGGAGCUGCCGACGCUGCUGCGGCAGACUCUAAGGGUCCAGUUUCCUCGAGCAUGGACAGUCCAACGAUCCAGUACAGCAUGGUUCUGGAGCAUCUGGUGGGGGAGAAGAGGCCCAUUAAAGAGCUUAACCCCGCAGCCCUGGGGGGUUUGCCGGUGCCUGCGAAAAGCGACGAGCAGAAAAUGAUAGAGAGGGGAAUGGAGAGCUGCGCCUUCAAGUCUGUCCUGGCCUGUGUAGGAGGGUUUGUCCUCGGAGGAGCCUUCGGCGUGUUUACGGCCGGCAUCGAUACUAACGUCGGCUUCGACCCCAAAGACCCCCUGAGAACCCCGACAGCUCGAGAAGUCCUUAAAGACAUGGGUCAGAGGGGGAUGUCCUACGCCAAGAACUUUGCCAUCGUGGGGGCCAUGUUCUCCUGCACCGAGUGCAUCAUAGAAUCGCACCGAGGCAAAUCUGACUGGAAGAACGCCGUGUACAGUGGCUGUGUAACCGGAGGAGCUAUAGGGUUUCGGGCUGGUCUGAAAGCCGGGGUCCUCGGAUGUGGGGGGUUUGCCGCCUUCUCUGCCGCCAUCGAAUAUUACCUACGAUGAGAGGCUGAGGAGCGGCUCUACGGAGGAGAACUUGUUUUAUACGCGGACUCGCUGUGAGGAACCCAGUGUACAGAAACUAGCAGCACAGGGACCUGGACAGCACUUGUAGAGGAUGCUCCAUUUGCAGAACCUCUUGAUCAGAGAGACUUCUGGACCCAGGUCAUGGUGACCAGGCCUCCUAUGCCCAGACAGCCACUGUUCGGUUACAGGCGCGUCAUAUGCAUUUACAGGCUGUAAUCACUAGAAUUAUUUAUAUUCAAGAAGGUGUUUUUUUUUUUUAUCAGGUUAAUGCGUUCAGUAACAAUUCCUCCUUUAAUCUCAUAGUUAAUGAUCAGAGCUAUUCGAGUUUCAGUGGCUUUAAGAAAUCUGAACCUCCCGCAGCUCCUGACCUAAGGACAUUUUCUAUUAGAGGGGCUUUGAUGAAACAUGCAAGACGUUUUUUUUUUUGUUGACAGACUGUGUACAGUUUGACUGCACUGCGGGUUGUAGUCGGUGUCUGUGUGCUUCUGAGUAUGAAUAAAAGGAUACUACGGACAUAAGAGGAUAGAAAAGGA